AAGCAGUCCGCCGAGCUGUCACAAAAUAAAAAGGCCUCCGAGCACAUUCACAUGUGUCUAUUGCCUCGUCUCGUCUCCUGCGGCACGCCGUCGAGGCUUUAAGGCGCUCCGCCUGCAGACCGAGCGGGGUAAGAUCUCGCGAGAGCUCCGGCGUUCGCUGUGGCUGGCCGUGGCUUUGCAGCAGACAGAGGGAGAAGGCAGGCAGGCAGCAUCAUGGCGGACAGAGACAGUGGAAGUGAGCAGGGAGGAGCAGCCACGGGCCCAGGCUUCGGUUCCAUGCACCUAGCGACAGGAGGGGCGGGCUCGGCUUCCGGGCUCCAGCAUGAGACACAAGAGCUGGCGUCGAAGCGAGUUGACAUCCAAAACAAACGCUUCUAUUUGGACGUUAAGCAGAACGCGAAAGGCCGCUUCUUAAAGAUAGCAGAAGUCGGGGCCGGUGGAAACAAGAGCCGCCUCACUCUCUCCAUGUCCGUGGCGGUCGAGUUCCGUGACUACUUGGGGGACUUCAUCGAACAUUAUGCUCAGCUGGGUCCGAGCAACCCGGGGUUGGUACAAGACGAGCCCAGGCGAGCACUCAAAAGCGAGUUCUUGGUCCGAGAAAAUCGGAAAUACUACAUGGAUCUGAAAGAGAACCAGAGGGGACGGUUUCUGAGGAUUCGACAGACCGUUAACCGGGGGCCCGGUUUGGGAUCCACGCAAGGCCAGACGAUUGCUCUGCCUGCACAGGGACUUAUUGAGUUUCGUGACGCUUUGGCUAAACUUAUUGACGAUUACGGUGUAGAGGACGAACCUGCAGAGUUGCCCGAAGGGUCAUCAUUGACUGUGGACAACAAACGUUUUUUCUUCGACGUCGGAUCCAAUAAGUACGGUGUGUUCAUGAGGGUAAGCGAGGUGAAGCCAACGUACCGUAACUCUAUUACGGUGCCCUACAAAGUGUGGUCCAAAUUUGGGAAUACUUUCUGUAAAUACGCCGAGGAGAUGAAGAAGAUCCAGGAGAAACAGCGGGAGAAAAGGGCAUGCGAGCUGCAGCAACAAGAGGAGAUGCCGGCGGACGAUGGAGACGAGGAUUGAUAUAGAGAGCAAAAAGGAAAAAAAGAAAAAACGAAAAAAAACAUGCAAGAGUAAUGAAAAUAACAAGAGAAAUAUAAUUAAAAACUCUACUGUAUAAAGAAAGAAAUCUAAAGAUUUAACUGUAAUGGUUUAACUCCAAGGGAGCAUCACCCACAGUAUAAGAAACCUCCACAACCUGACAGUUAUGACAUGUUGUCACUCAUCGCUGGAUGUUACCCCACUUAUCCACCAUUAAUACAGUUAACAGGCUGCUAAACAAAGUAAUAACAUUAUAUUUGAACAUUGUUUCCUACUUGACAAACAAUAUUGAACUGAGUGUUUAUUUCCCUUAUUAACAGAAAACUUUUGUACCAGUUAAAGCUAUUGUAAAAAAAAAAAAAGUGUUUGCAAUGUUCAAAUGGAAUUAUUGCCGAGUUCCGAUGAAAAAAAAGUUUCCUUUUCAUGUGAGCUAAUGACUUCAGCACAAAUCAGAUAUUUUAAUUUUUAAACCAAAAUUCAAAAACUUUGUAAAAGGUUGUCACAUGUACUUGCCAUCCUAUUUACCUUUACCUGUGAGUAGAGAUGUGUUUACACAUAAAUCAUAUGAGGGCUAGGCCUGCUUCGGAAACUGGUUAGAUGUCAUGCAGUAUAAAAAGGAAUAUCUAGGCAUUUUCAUGAAAUGAAAUAAGUGCUCUAUUUGUUGUGCAAUAUGCAUUGCAUAAAAAUCAAAUAUAUAUUGAACUGGUCAAUGGAUCUUGACAUGAUGACAUUUGCCAGAGGCAUUCAAAGAAAUAUUAAUAUUGUAAUUUUUGUUUCAGUUGAAAUUGUUGCCAUGCAGAUGGAUAUAUUAUAGACUACCUUUGUGUCUCGUUGUUAAUGCAAUGUGUUCAUUUUAAAGGUACUAAAUAUGUAUUUGAUAGAGGAAAUGCAGUGACAACAUGUAGCAAAUGGCCUGAAUUGCAGAUUACUUAACAAGACAAACACCUCACACAUACUGUGUUGAUUGGCUUGGUGGUGGUCUGGAAAAAAAAAAAAAAAAAAGAGGCAAAACUCAGCAGAGCGUCAUUGGUUCGUGCAUCUGAAACAGAAACUGUUUGUGAUCUUGUUCAGUCAUAAAAGUCUAAAUGGUGCCAAGGAGUGCUGUUGCUGCAUGUUUAAUCUGCACUAAGAUAGAUUUCGUUGGUCUCCCAAAAUAUUGGCUCAAGGACCCUUCUGUAUGUAUCUUUAUCUGCCUAUAUUGUACGAAUCUCGAGUUUGAGUACUGAGUGAUUCCAUCCAAAGGCUUGGUGUAGUUGUAGUGGAAGUUGUUUCAAAGCCUGAUUAUAAAAGGAGCGUUCUUGCGAACUGUAAUUACAAUAUCACCAUCACACCAUGAGGAGGGACACUGAGGAGCACGCCUGGAUAAGCCAAGGUGAAGAGGGUUCAAUUCACCCGUUGGUGAACCUCCAGUUGUGUGUCAAUGGAUGUGCCCAUCCCUACAAGUUUAAGAUCUGAAGGUGUGACGUUCAGUGGGGCUACUUUGGAUACAUACUCAUAGCUCUACUUUAGAUUUGUAAGCCCAAAUAUCUACCUGGGGGUGAUGAGAUUCUGUUUUGGUCUAAUUGUAAAUAUUUGGGCUGCCACACGGAAAACAACUGGUUCUGAACCAGUUCGGUCGCAUCUCAUAGAUGUGUGAUAGCAGUUUUAUAAACUCUGUCAGUAAACUCCAGAGAAACUGGCAACAAUCAGAUAAUGUCAGAUUUACCUCAGCAUUGAAUUAAAUGAUUGCUCCCAUGUUUAGAUUGACUGGAAACCAGCAAACUAGACUGUCCUUGACCACCUAUUUUUGGAGCCUCUGGUAUAGCCUAAAUGAUACCUGAUUGGGAGCAUCCUCUUCAGCAUAUAAACAACCUGGUGCCUUACACACUCCGCAUGCUUACACGCUGGCCUGGUGCUUUGGAUCGCAGUUUGGCUUCUUUUUGUUACUGUUUCCUCUUUCUUUCUUCCAUUUUUGUGUCUCAGCCCCCUUGUGUGCUAGCGCACGACUCGUGGUGCUAAAAGGGUUUGUUACAAACUCUUAAGAAAAAUAGGAGCAGAAUUCUUAACUUUUUUCUGCUACCUUCCUUCUUCCCUAACUUCAUUGCCAUCCCCAUUUCCCAGCCAUCCAGGUAUCGGCCUACAUGUAAACAUGGAAGGGGGUGGUCACCUAGAUGCAAGAUGAUGCAGAAGAGUUGGCUCUUCACUAGCCAAGCACAUUAGCAGGGAGAGCAGGGGCUGAUCGGGAACAUCGGUAGUGGCCUGAAAUGAUAUACAUUGUUGUUGGCAAGCCCCCCUUGAAAUGCUCGUUCUAUGGCUUGGGUAGUUAUGUGUAAGUUGUGUAAGUCGCUCAAUUAAUGGGGAGUAGCAAGCAUGUCUUGUUUUGUUUUUUUGUUUUCCGUAGUUUUACCUUUUCAGCAUUAUUCCACAUUAUUUGUAAUUUUGGAAUGUUUUCGCCCACAACAAAUAUAUCUAUUUUUUCUGUGCAACAUUUCAUCACUGUGUGCAAUAUCGUAUGUGCCAAUGGUGGCAAUAUAUGUAUAUCAAUUAAAUAUAUGAUUACUAUUUGAAAGCA